CUAUCGCUGGUCCACUCCGCCACUCCCCCAUGCCAUAGCAAGACGCUCCCCGCAGCACUUGAUGGUACCAUUACCGGCUGUUCCAGGAUCUCCCAAUCUGACCGUCGAAUUCGGCAAAUUUGGCGCAAAUUAUUCCCAGCUGGUCAAUACGUCGGUCAGCCGAAUAGAAGGAAUUGUAAACUUGACGUCCAGUCGCCAUUACAAGUUUCGUGUGUCCAGUCCUGCGGAUUACGGAAUCUUUGGUCAAGCUGCUUUCUCCAUGGAAGCGGCGUUCUACAUUCCUAAUUGGUGCAACUAUAUGGGACUCUAUUAUGACGAUGACGAAACUAUUUGGAAUCGCUGUGCAUUUCGUGCUUGCACAUGUAGGAGCGGAGUGGCCUUUUGCCCCCACAAUCCAACUUGUGAAAAGCAAGUCUGUUCUCAACGAACGAGCGGUUGCUGUGAAGCAUGCGGCGUUCAAAGUCCUUGUGAUUUAAACUGUACGCAAGGAAAGACAUGUUUGCUCGGAGGAACAGGAAAAAGUUGCCGAUAUGUGAUGCAACACAGUGAUUCACAAGUAUUAUUUGUGAACCUGUCUAAAAUAGACGUUCACGUCUUUGACUACGCUCGGAAUCUUUGGUAUAAGACACCCAACUUUACGGUUGUAGAUCAAAGACCGAUCCUGAUUGUGAUGAACCAUGGACAAAAGGGAGUCCAUUUCAGAUCCCGGAUCAAUUCUACCACUUAUCAUUUCGGCUUUGGGUCUUAUACCUUCAAUGGUUCAAUUGUGUCUACCCGCGGAGUCAACGUUUGCCCGUUUACGCCGCCAUGUGAGCGACAGUUCUGUUCUGAAGACUCGAGGAGUUGUUGCGAACCAUGCGGGAUUCAGGGUUCUUGUGAUCUGAACUGUACGCUGGGAAAGACGUGUGUGUUUGGAGGAGCCCGUAAGAAAAGCUGCCGAUAUGUAAUGGAGCACACUACCCACUUACCUGUGGGCCCAAGUUCCAACAACAUGGUAGUGGAGGUUCAGUACUUCGACAAAGCCAGUCGUCAAUGGAUGCAUACAGAACAGUUCACCAGGGCUCUAUACCGAAACACAUACCUUCAAGUCUUAGUUGUGUUGGACAAUGGACAUCAGGGAACCUAUUUCCGAUCUAGAGUCGUCGCCUACGAUAAUGGACCAACCACGUAUUCAAUGGUGUCCACCGGAAUUCCACCAACUGGUUACCCCGACUACCGCUGGGCCACUCCACCGAUAGUAUCGCCCUUAGGAGCCCAGCCUCCACAAUUGAUCUUACUACUACCAACUAUUCAAGGGUCGCCUAAUCUGACCGUCCAAUUCAGCACCUUUCACCAAUCUGUUCCGGAGGUGUUUACCACAUCUGGCAAGACAUUGGCACAGCGUGUAAAUAUCACGGCCACUCGCCAUUACAAGUUCCGUUUUUCAAGUGUUGCAGCUCUCGGCACCUUUGGUGAUGCUGGCUUGUCAAUGCUAGGGACUUUCACGAUUGGAGCACAAUGCAAGUAUAUGGGAAGCAAGUAUUUUAAUGGCGCGCGGUACCCGAAUGUCUGUGGACGUGAUAUUUGCACAUGUGAAAGCGGAGUGAACGUUUGUCCCUCCACGGCACCAUGUGAGCAACACUUCUGUUCUGAAACCAGGAGAGGCUGCUGUGAAGCAUGCGGGAUUAAGGUGAAAGGUGCUUGCGAUCUGGUCUGUACGCACGGAAAGACAUGCGUGGUUGGAGGAGCCGGAAAACGUUGCCGAUAUGUUAUGGAGCACUCAACAAACAUGUCUCUCGACCCCAGUAUCCGCCAGGUGGAAGUAGAGGUUGAGUAUUAUGACCAAUUCCAAAAGGCCUGGUACCCGACGCACAAUUUCACGAAAACUCUCAACCCAGUUCCAUACUUACUGGUCAUGGUGGUGGUGGACGAUGGACAUGUGGGAACCAAUUUCCGAUCUCGAGUUAACUUACACACACCUCACCGAAACACUUACUCAAUUGUGUCCACGGGAAUACCAUCAGCUGGUUUCCCUAACUACAUCUGGGCCACUCAACCUUCAAUCUCUCCCCUAGGAUACAGCCCUCCACAAGUGGUCGUGCCACUACCAACGCUUCAAGGGUCUCACAGUAUUUCCGUUGAAUUUGCUGAAAGGGACGAGCAAUACUCCGCGGUGGUUAACACGUCAAGAACCAGAUUAGAAGGACAUGUUAACCUCGCGUCCAGUCGCCAUUACAAGUUCCGCAUGUCCUCUCAGACGGCUUUUGGAAAGUUUGGCCAUGCCGCUUUCUCGAUGGAUGCAUAUGUCUACAUAGAUCAUCAAUGCGAGUAUCUGGGACAUGUUUAUAGCAACGGUGACCAGUACCCGAACGUCUGCGGAUACGGUACAUGCUUAUGCCGAAAUGGAGUGAAUGAUUGCCCCAAUACACUGCCAUGUGGUCAGCUGUUCUGUUCCGAAAACACACGACGUUGUUGUGAAGCAUGUGGGAUUCGAGGUCGCUGUGAUUUGAACUGCACGCUGGGAAAACAAUGCAUGAUUUCAGCAGCGGGACCAAGUUGCCAAUCAAUCAAGUGUAUCGUGCCGGAAAUUGCUAACGGCACAACAAACAACAUAUACAUCAUGUAUGGUGAAGCACUAGUCUACACAUGCAGUAAGGGCACUGCACCACCAAGCGGGACUCGAGCAAUCUGUCAAGCAGACGGCACUUUAAGCGCGCUACCCAAAUGUGAAUUAAUCAAUUGCAAUGUGCCGGCAAUUGCUAACGGCACCGCCACCAGACAAUAUGUCAAAAAUGGUGAAACGCUGGUCUACACGUGCAAUCCUGGUACAGUGCCGCCAAGGGGGAAUCAGGCUAUCUGUCAGGCAGAUGGCUCUUUAAGCCCAAUGCCCAAAUGUGAAUAUUUCGUAAAAUACGAAUACUGUCUUGGUGUAAUCCUCCGAAGAACUCCCGAUUACCAGGUCUACAGCCACCAAGUUGGCGUGGCGCUGUGCCAAUCAGCACAUGCUGGCAUUUUUAGCAGCAGAGCCUACGACGCGGGAUGUGGUUUUGGUGUACUCAACCAACCCAUCGUAGCGUGGUUUGGUAGCAGCGCUUCCAAUGGUGAAUUCAUUGACACACUUGAAGAUUCGCACCCUCCAAAUACUGUAAAGCGCCAUGUCGUAUGUGAAUUCCCCUGCAAACGCACAGCCGGUGAUCAUAUACAGAGAAUAUCAGCUGAUGGAACUGUCACGUGUAAAAGAGGUUAUGAAUACCUUCAUCCUCAACCAGUGUGCAAUGGAACAACUCAAGUUCAAGUGUGUACUCCACGCCUAGUGAAAUACCAAUACUGUGCUUUGACUGGCUCUGUCCUGAGACGAACACCGGACUACCUGUACCAUAACCACUCAAGUGCUGUGCUGUUGUGCCAAGAUGCAAAGUCCAGCAUUCUCAGUUUUACUGCUUUUAACUUUGGUGGAUGUGCGUCGAGUAUAGUUAAUCGCAACAUCAUUGCCUGGGUGGGUGACCAAAGUGUGCGUGGUAAAUUCCUUGACACACAUUUCUCUUGGUAUUGGCCAAACGCGGUUACGCGCUAUGCCGUAUGCGAAGCCAACUGCUGGCGUCAACGUGUUGAUAACAUUAAGAAAAUAUCAGCUACGGGAUAUGUCACGUGUGAACCAGGUUUUGAGUACCUUUACCCUCAACCGGUGUGCAAUGGAACGAAUCAGGUCCAGGCCUGUACUUUGCUCACUCAGUGAAGAAAGUAGUUCCUUUUGUUGCUCAACUCCAACUCAAAUCAACCUUCAGUUGUACUUUAUACUCAUCUCCACGUUACCAUGAUGGAUCUGAGGCAAUGUGUCUCUGGAAAGGCAUUGCCAGCGAGCAGUCUGCGUGUGCAUGUGAACGAAAACGCGUUGUUGUGCGUGUUUGCACGAGUGAGUGUGUGUAUUCAUUGGUGUUGAUGUGUUUGUUGGUACAUUCCUAACCCCCGCUCUCCCCUCAGAUACUUCCCUUCCUUUCCACUAACCGUAUAGUACAGCCUGACCACCCCAUAAUUAUAAUAUAAUAAUAAUUUUAAUAAUAAAAGUAGAAAGGAAAAGGACAUAUGGAAACGAGU